AGGUUUUAAUCGAUCUGUAGUUUGAAAUUUCGUCAAAAAAGUCAUGUUUCCAAAUUAUUGCUUUACUAAAUCAGCCAGACAGUUAGGCUACGAUGUUAUAAGGAGAAACUACCCCGCCAAGGAUAGUUCCCAGCGAAUUAGUCGACAACCCGCCCGAGCAGUGAAGUCCGCCGCCGGCAGUGCCCGAAAUCACUCCGAAGUCCGGUACGGGUGCGUAUCCCGGGAUUCCUCCGUAAAACGCACGCGGCGCCAAAGGAAGGUGCCCAAGUGGAGCCCCUCGUCUCCGUGCCCGCUCUCGACGAAGGACUUGUCCUCGCGCACCGUCGGAUUCCGACUACCAGCUGUGGUGUGCACUGACGCCAGGGACAAACGCGAGGCCGCCGGCGACGACAGAAACCGAAGUGAAAAGCCAGACAUGGGCCCCGAACCCACAAGCGAUCUAAAUCGCGAGCUGCAGGAGUCCUUCGCCGAUUUCUUCAGCAUCAUCCACGACAAUGUCUUGGAGUCAGUUCAGGGGGCGGUGGAGAAAAUGGUAACAAAGUGCUUUGCGGACUCCAUGGAGAAAAUGGAACGCAUCUCGAAGGAUCUAGACCACCAGGAGACAUUGCUGAAUAAAAUCUAUCGCGAUGUUACCACCAAACUAUCAGACCAGUCGGAGACGAACAUGAAUCAAUUCAAGUUCGUCACUCAGAUGCUGAUUGACAACCAGACGGUGCACUACAGGGCGCUGAACCAGGCAAAGGUGAACAAGCAGCGUCGCAAAGAGCAGAAGUCUGAGGAGAAGGAGCGAAAGAAACUCCAUGAGUGGAAGCGGAAGGAGGCACAGAUGGAGCGGGAGCGCAGGAAACGCGGCUCCAGCAUCGACACAUCCAAGCGAACCACUGGCGGGGAGGGAAAGGAGAAUGCCCAUCGGCAACCCCAACAUCAGCUCUGCCAGCAACAAGUACCCGUGACAUACAUUUGUCAAUCCUGCUCGGAGCAGGAGGCGAAGUUGCACAAGCAUUCCCGGGCGCCGUCGAGGCAGCGAAGCGCUCCUGUUAGCCUUCGAAGAUCCGCGUCACUCAGCAUGCCGAAUCUGCCGGGUCGCACCACCGUCUCUGGAAAGCUACACACCUUAACCGCCAGGUUCCCCAGAGUAUGCAUGGGCCGGCAGUUCAGCAGCAGGGUGGUCCAGACUCUCUGCUCGCCGGCCAUGACCUAUCCGCCUUGCCCUCGCAGUGGAUCGACUCCGCGGCGAAGGCUUCUGCCGCGCAUAAAGUCCGGAAUGGGACUGUCGAGUGACAAGCUGGGAAGAUAGUCUUUCGUUUUACAUCUCUCACGCCCCUAGUGCAGAUGUCUGCCGGGGCUGUCAGUUGCCAAGCAUGUCUAGAAACCGGAAUCGAAGCUACGUUCAGUCUCAUUCAUGCUUGUAACUGGGAGCCGCAGCAAGCUACCCCAAAAUUGUGAUAUUUUUAAAAGAGGUUUCCAUUUUAAGAGCAAAGAAAUCAUUUUAAUAAAUCUAGGAGCAUAUGGAGGACUUAUCCCAGGCAUUAAUACGAAAUAGGUAGCUUGAUUUGUUAAUAAACGAUUUAUUUCAAACAA